AAAAUGAAGAAACAGAACGUGCGGACACUUUCUCUUAUCCUCUGCAUGUUCUCUUACCUGCUGGUCGGCGCCGCGGUUUUUGACGCUUUGGAGUCCGAGACUGAGAGCGCAAGACGACGCAUCUUAGAGCAGAAACGCGGCGACAUGAAAAGAAAGUAUCGCUUUUCCGAAGAUGACUAUCGGGAGAUCGAGAGAGUUGUGCUGCAGGCUGAACCUCAUCGCGCAGGCAGACAAUGGAAAUUCGCUGGAUCUUUUUACUUUGCCAUAACAGUCAUCACAACGAUUGGUUAUGGACAUGCGGCACCUGGUACAGACUCUGGAAAGGUCUUCUGCAUGUUUUACGCCGCCUUGGGAAUCCCGCUCACACUGGUGAUGUUCCAGAGUCUAGGUGAGAGGAUGAAUACCUUUGUCCGUUACCUGCUAAGCCGUGUCAAGAGAUGCUUAGGCUUUCGUCACACUGAAGUUUCCAUGGAGAACAUGGUUUUGGUGGGUUUCUUGUCUUGCCUUGGAACUCUAUGUGUUGGUGCAGCAGCUUUCUCACACUUUGAAGGCUGGACAUUCUUCCAUGCAUACUACUACUGUUUCAUCACUCUUACCACAAUUGGGUUCGGGGAUCUUGUAGCUCUUCAAAAGAAGGAGGACCUUCAAGAAAAGACACUUUAUGUGGUAUUUAGUUUCAUGUAUAUCCUUGUGGGGUUGACAGUCAUUGGAGCUUUCCUCAACUUGGUGGUGUUAAGGUUUCUCACAAUGAACAGCGAGGAUGAGAAGCGGGAUGCCCAGGAGCGGGCCUCGUUAAAGAGGGGUCGCAACCUCACAGCCAUGAACGCUGGACCUAACAGGCACAACCAUAGCAACCUCUUUAUGUCCAUGGAGGAGGGCACCAGCUGCACAAACCUCAUCUUGUCCCCAGCAGACGAGCCCGGUCUGAUAAUACCUUUGAGCCCAAAUCAAUGUCAAUCCCAGUCACAACUGUGUUUGGUGUGUUCUUAUGUUUGCUGCUGCUUGGGCCACUGUGACCGCCCUGUCGCAUCUCAACAAAAGUGUCUUGAUUGCCAAAUGAAUGCUGUUUACUACAACUCUAUUUCAUACAGGAUGAAAGGUGGCUCCUCAACCAGGGACAAUACAGGCCUUUCCUCUCCGUGUAGUACACUUUCUCUUGGGCAGAGCUUCAAAGAGCUGUCACGCUUACGGAGGAAGUCAGUUUAACACCUGUGUCUUUCAGGUGUUUGUUUUAAGUAAUGAGUACACAUUAAAUAUUUUGUUGCAUUAAUGAGAUAAGGCAAUGUACAAACGUUCAUAUUUUUUCUUAACAAUGUAACACUUUAAAUCCAGCUUUGAAGUAUGUUACAAAGGCUGGAGAUAUAUUAGGGAAUAAUACUGAUCUCAAUUUACAGUUGGAUUUCUACACUGAUGACUCAUACAAUGUGGUUAGUUCUUUAUCUGUUACAAUCAUCAUAGGCAAAAACGCAACCUGACAAAACUAAUAGAACACAAACAACAAAACAACACAAACAUUUGUGUAGUCAUUGACAUUGCAGCGUGAAAAAGUAUCCCUUGAAUUUAUUACUUUGUAUUCUUAUGUUUCAUGUACUGUAGUGGAAAGAGCUAAUGGUUUGUAAUAAUCAUUAGAAUUUCUGUGAUGGUUACUAUUGUUUUUCUAGCAAGGAUGCAUUUCUGAAAAAAACUAUAGAAAACCCAAUUCUAAUGGUUUCCAUUAAAAUACAAUUAUGAACCAUUACAUUUUUCCAUUACAAUUUGGGAAUUUUACUGAUUAAUAUUUAAAUUUGUCCUAUGGUGUGACAGCAAAAAUGUAGGAAAAAACAAUGGAGAAAGAUCUUUCUUAUAGUGUUUUAUAAUAUAAACAUGAAUUUUAUUAAUAUAAAAUAUAAUAUGAACUGUUUAUUUUCUAAAUUUUUAUAUGACACACCGUAGGACACAAUUUAUUCAGCCAUUUAUCAGCCAUGAAGCCAUUUAUCGUUCAUUUUUCUGAAGCAUGUCCUUAAUUGGUUGGUAUUA